UAGACUAAAGCUAUAUCCAGCCGGUCAUGCAGCGAAGAAGGCUAUGCAGACUAGCCGCUCUGAGUAAAAGGCAUUUGCUGCCUAUUGGCGAGAUUGCUUGGCUCUGCAGACGAUUGGAACUGCGCAUAUUGAUAAGACCACGUGCAUGUGCUUGUGCCCGACCUCGAGCUCUCAGCCUCGUUGCCUCAUUCUCGUGCGUUGCUGUAGGCAGAUAGAUUGCUCGUCCUUUGCAUGGUGGUAAUGCUAGUCUUGUGCUUUGCACUCCCGCCUCUUGUUUCGUUCAUUUCCUAGCCAUCGUUUCGAGAGCCACUGUACAAAUUCUGGAUCAGCGUCACUGUUCUUAGCCUUCGAUAGCAAAUGAACUUUAUUGCCUCCACCGGCCAGCGAUCCCGUCUUGGUAUUGAUUGACACAAUCCGCUGAGUCCUCCAAGAUGCCGGAGACGUGCACAGAUGCGCGUCAUGAGAUGGAUCACUUGCUGCUCAAGAACGGAGCCAACUCCUUCUACCCUUUGGACCGCCUGCGGGAUCAUUUUACGCCAGAGAAAGUGAAGCAGAUCCUGACUUGUAGUUGUAAAACUUGUCGAGAGGAUGUUCGACUUUUUGGUAAUCAGACGGACCCCGAGACGUAUGUCAAGGAGAUAGUAGGAGAAGGCUUCGACCCAUACGACUCGAGAAAGACUCUAUUCAGUGUUUUUGGACUGUUGAUUUCUGUAGAACAUCCACUGUUCAUCAUCGGUUUUGCGGACAGAGACUGUAGCGACUUCAAGCUUGAGUCCUGGGCGACCGACGCGACAUUGUUUUCCCGAGAAACACUCCAGCGGUACACAGGCAGCUACAAAACAGAUGCGAGAAAGUUCGAGUGGUUCGCCACAAAGUUUGAGGACAGUAUUCGGCGGUUUGCUGUACCACACAUGGAUUCGGGCAAGUUCGUACACUAUGACGCUAGUGUAAUCCUUCCAUUUGUGAAAGAACGGGAGAUAGGGAAGAGAAAAGAGGAAGAUGGCCACUGGACGUCCGAAGGAGCGAAUGGCAAGGUGUUUGCUUUCAAGAUACAUCCGGAGUAUUGUAAGUUUCGAGUGAGUCUAACACAUCGGAGCCACUAUUAUGGACAACGCUAACGGAUGUAGGAUACCAAUGCAUAUACCGAGUUUGCCAGGAAGAAAAUCGAAACCUCUGACGCGUCAGCGUACCUAGAGCGUUCUAACAUCGUUCACGUC